AGACCAGAUGGUGGAGAAACUAAGAACAUUCCCGCUGAAUGAUCCUGAAUUGGGCAAGAUCAGAAUCCUGCUGCAUGGACCUGUUGGGGCAGGAAAGUCCAGCUUCAUCAACUCAGUUAAAAGUGCCUUUUCUGGACGUGUGGUCAUGAGUGUGCUGGUAGCGUCUCUUUCCGACAUCAGCUUUACCAAGAAAUAUGAAACACAUUAUUUUAAAGAGGGAGAAGGAUGUUCGCCUUUCGUGUUCAACGAUAUCAUGGGUCUGGAGUCACAGGAAUCCAGAGGGGUGCACAUUGACGACAUCAUCAGUGCACUCAAAGGUCAUAUCCCAGAAGGCUAUGAGGUACGACAAACCUGAACACAUAAAAACAUGCACUAACAUUAGCAUUGUAAUUCAUGAGCUACCUUGGACCAUGGGACUCACUGUAUGUUGACUGAUCAGGGGAUAACGAGUUUGCCGUGUGUUCCACAUAGCGCAGUGUACAUUGCCAGCUAGCAAGAUCCACGGCUUCAUCCCUUGUUAUGCUUUUCUACUGCGUGGUUCCGGCUCAACUGGACUUUUUUCGUUUUCCAUUUGACCAGCCACUGAGGUGAAAUUGAAUGCUGUCUGACCAUAGUCAUUUAAUAUAAAAAUAUUAUUAAAAGUUUACUGUUUUUACAUUCAUGUACAAACAUGUGAUAUACAUAAAAACAAUACCAAUGUAGUUAUUUAAUUGCAUACUGGUCUAGAUCAAAAUUGUUUAAGCUUUGGUAGACAGUACC